AUUAAUAUAGGCAUUGAUUUGGGGUUGAUACGGCCUAUUAGUUAAAAAAUGCAUGAUGAAGCAAAUUGGACUUAGUUUUAGUCUACACUAAGCAUGUUCUAUCAUAAAAUGGCUAAAUUAUCUCACUAAAUGUAGUAAAAUACAAAUAAAAGGCGAAAGAGACGUUGUUAUUGUGAAUGUAGGCCAUUAGCUGUGGGUGGGUGAACCAACUCACUAAGGUUCCUUCCGGGACACAUUCAAUGUGACACUGCUACAGCAGCACUUUAAUUCGAUGGCUUUUUAUUCUUAUCCUGCACUUUAUUGCCAAAGGGGAAGCUCUAAACCGGGUCAAAAGGGGGCAAUGGUACCCCAAAUAAAUAGUUUGCCCGUCCACAUCAACAUUUUAGAGGUAAAAACUGGAAAAAGCACAAGACAGUCUUCGUCCUCGGGGUGUUGUGCUGAGCGUGUGUCCCCCUGUCCAGAAAAAAUAUAUAUAUUUUGGCUAAUAACAGUGUAAAAGUGACUAUGGGAGCGUUAUUUUAUGUCUUGAGGGCUCUAAUAAUAUUAUGACCCCAACCUACAAGAUUGUAAACAGGGUUUCUAUGCCGACAUGACGAGGAAAAUAUUCCAAUUCUGCUUCACGUGCCGCUUACCACUGUCUAUAGACACCUGUUUUCCUUAAAAUGACCAGCAGGGGGCGAAUGUUGGUUGUCAAUAUGAACAGCACAAUAGCUUUCAUGGCCACCAGGCGGCAGUGUUACCAAUCGUUCAAAAUGCAUAGCGACAAAAAAUACCAUACUUUUAACCUUCACGUUUUUAUGCCAAUUUUUUUAUCCAUUAUAUGUACUUAAAUGCAUCAUAACGUUACAUAAAGUCACUGCUACUUUUUACUACUAACAUUUUUGAAGUAUUUUAAUCCAAUAUUUCCCAAAACCCUUAAAAUGGGACCAAAUCUGAAAGACUGGAUGUGGAUGUGUGACUUUGUCCUCUGCACAAAGAGGCCAAUGGCAGUUAAGAGGAUGUUGGCCAAACAGGAAGUGUCGGCGCACUGAUGAGUAAAGACACCAAGCAUCAUUUCCACAGUGAACGUGUUUCCACGUGCAAGAUGCUGCAUCGUGCUGUCACGAAUCUUCUGCUGCUGCUGCUUCCUCUCAUGGACGCGGGUAAGACCAUUCCAACGUUCAUCUUCCCAAAGCUAAACCCUCACCUCAUUUCCUGUCGUCGCCUGGCAGGAGCCCACGCUGACUCUGAUGAUGCUGAAACUUUCGACAUCGCCUUCCCCUGUCCCGAUUUGGUCUGCUAUCACGUAUGGAGUCUGCGGUCCAGAAGAACUCAAGAAGACAUCGUCAUCGUUCACAACGGACGGAUCAAGGAGGCGGAACGCAGCAACCAGGACGCUCAGUGCUCGGUUCCCGUCCAACGUGGGACAGAAGACCAUGACGGAACACAUUACUGCAAACGCCCCGAUGAGGUCUUCACCCCUCAGAAGAGUGUUCCAGAGGUGAGCGUGUUCCCGGGCCAGGUGUGGUCUUUCCAUUGCCUCCUGCUGGCGUCCUCGGGGCAGGGGGUUUGCCACACGGCACGCGGGAGGCCGGUCCACUUGAGUUGGGUGGACCAGGCGGGCGUGGCGGUCCAGGAGGACUCGGAGCACAGUAUCCGGUACCAGUCCAGCUGCCACGUCACCUUGACCCUCACCUUCCAGGGUCCCGCGAGGGAGACGUUGAAAUGCAGGGCUCAGGUCGGGGAUCGGGUCUGGACUUCGGAGGAGCUACAAGUCCAAGUGGCAGCUCCCAGAGGGAAAGGAAGAGGAGGCUUCGGGGUGGACGUAGAAGAACCUCAGGCUUCCGUCCGCUAUCAAGUCGGUGUGGUGGUGGGGGUGCUGGCAUGCGCUGCCUUGGCCGCCUUGGCCGCCAUGUUUGUUAUCGCCAAGCGGAGGAAGACGGCCGACGCGGUCGAGGCCACCUCCGCUUCCUGCCCCUCCCACCACGUGGAGGACGACGCAGUCUACGCUGAUGUUGUCUAUGCCGAUGUUGUCUACGCCGACGUGGUCCUCCCUGCCGGCGCCCGGGAAGUGUCUUUCUGCCGGGGCCACGCCACAGAGUACGCUUGCCUUCGCCACCAGUGAGCCUCAACCUCAACUUAUUAGCAUUAGCAUGAUAUCAGUCAUCUACCUCAAUUGAACUUCACUUUUUGGACAAAAAUAAUUACUUCCGGUUUGAUCAUUUUUUUUGUUGUUUUUUACACAUCUUGACUUUCAAUAUCAUUGUUUUAAUUAUUAUUCUUAUUUAAAAGUACUACAGGAAUCCCAACUGCCAUUAUGAUAGAUAGAAACAUUUAUUUUACCUGUUUUGCUCAACCAAAAACAAAUAAAAUAUGUUUUAAAAAUGGAAUUUAGA